AAGCUUUCAACAACAUCAACAACAACAUUCUGUCUUCACUUUCUGCAAACUGCAACAACGCUUUUCAUCUCAUCAAUCACUCAGCAACCACCAUCAACAAAAUGCAACAAACAAGCUUGAACGAGUUGUCUCCCAUCGGAGCCUUCCUCUUGAGAAUCCUUUGGUUUCUCUUCACAUCGACCGCCAGCUGCCUCCAGCUUCUCGACGCCACCUUGUGGCCGGCUUGGAAGGCAUCGGUCAUGUGGCUGGACCACCACACCAUCGGUACAAUCAUCAGCAUUGUCGACGCCGUCACAGGCACACACUCACUUUCGACAAUCACGCCGUUCGGUAUGCUGGCCAGACUCGCCGCAUCUCUGCUGUACAAAAUCAGCGACUGGUUCCCCGAGGUUCCAUCGUUCCCAGAGCAGAGGUGUGGUUCCAACUAUCGCAGUUGGUCCACUCAGACGACAACGGACGAUCCCAACAUCUCAGCCAUGCUGGAGUUCUUCGGUUCUGGUCUCGACUACCUCACCGAGUUCUUCGCCACUGGUCUGAAGUCCGUUGCGUCACCCUUCGACGGCAACACUCCCAAGUCCUCGACUUCCUCUCUCGUCGCUGUCCCGCGCACCCCUGUGAGACAGCAAAGCUCGCUCGCCAACAAGACCAAGAGCACGAGUCCCUCGUUUUACGGUUCCGACGAUGACGCGGCCUAGAGCCCUGCUGAUUCUAAAGGUCCCGAUCUCGACAACUUUUCCGUCUGUUCAUCGUUCCAUCCAUCGGGCGAAUCGGACUGGUUAUCAGAUCACUCUUUCUUCGACAGCCCAAUUCCAGCUGUCAAGAAGGAGCAGAAAGCGCGCGUCGCAAGGCGCGGAUCUGGUUCGGACUCGGACACCUCCACGCUUUCGGAGAGAGAGAGGCGUCAGCAAUGGCGCAGGGCAAAUGAUGAGCGUGUGCGAGAGUACGCGGCGAAUCGUCUUGCUCAGGAGGAGAGGCAACGUCAGGCUCGGGUCGCUUUGGAGGCCCACUGGCGUCGUCAAGAAGAAGCUCGAAAGGCUCCUCGGGGCCCUAGAGUUAUCCGGGACCCUAUUUCGGGCCGGGUCUACACAAACUAGCCAACUAGUGUAGUCUUCUGCGGGGAGUGUAACAUGAUCGCGCACACCGGGUGCAGAUUGUGUGCGCUAUGAAGGGGUAAGAGUGCGGAGGAGAGUACCUGGCGACUAUCUGAGGCGCAAGGACUCAGUGGACGACAACAGAUUCACACGACGGACCGCAUCGGAGGAGUUGGGGGGCGGGGUGGAGGACUUACACUGUGAGGCGCGAAGCCGGGAAGCACGAUCGGACCGCAUCGGAGGAGUUGGGGGGCGGGGCGGAGGACUUACACCGUGAGGCGCGAAGCCGGGAAGCACGAUCAAGCGAUCGACAAGACGACCAGGCAAGUACAUUGAUAUUCUGGAAAAAAAAAAAACAAAAAAAAAAAAAAAAAAAAAAA